AUGCACACUCGAAGAAACACCGCGGUCCAGGAGAACGCCGGCUUCGGCAUGGACGAGAACGCGAAGCCCUCCGACCUUGGCGCUGCUGCCGGCAAGGCCGCGUUGGGCGGGGGAGCCAAGAAGGGACUGGGAGGUGUCCAGACACGGCGCGGGCUGCGAGACAUCACCAACAAGGCAGAGGAAGCCGUGGCAGAGGGGGCAGGCAAGGGGGGGAAGAAGCCCGGGGCUCGCGUGGCGAGCGCGAGCGUGGGCAGCGCGGACACUGGCGCCGCGGCUCCCGCGGCGCCGGCAGCGGCUUCCCUCGCGGUAGCAUCAUCAUCCUCAUCUUCGUCCUCUGCUGCGGUGACCCAGACAACAGCACCGGCCGCGCCGGCUGCCGUUGCUUCGGCGCCCGCCUCGCGCCCCAUCCGUACCGCCUCUAGAACACCAACGGACAUCGACCAGCGCGACGCCGACGAGCCGCUCGCGGUGACGGAAUACGUGGAGGAUCUGUACGUGUUCCUGAGGGAGCGGGAGAUCGCGACGAAGGUGGACCGGGGAUACAUGGAUUCGCAGCCGAACGUGAACGAGCGAAUGCGCUCGAUCCUGAUCGAUUGGCUCGUGGAGGUGCACCUGAAGUUCAAGCUCGUGCCGGACACGUUGUAUCUCACGGUCUACCUCAUCGACAAGUACUUGGAGCUUGAGACGGUGACGAGACAAAACCUUCAGCUGGUGGGCGUGACGGCGAUGUUGCUGGCCUCCAAGUACGAAGAGAUCUACCCCCCCCAGAUCCGCGACCUCGUCUUCAUCACGGACCGCGCCUACAACCGCGACCAGAUCUUGGAGAUGGAGUCGACCAUGGCGAACGCCCUGCAGUUCCGGCUGACCGUCCCGACCAUCUACUGCUUCUUGCUCCGAUACCUCAAGGCGGCGCACGCCGAUAAGAAGAUCGUGCAGCUGAGCUGCUACGUAGCCGAGCGCAUGCUGCAGGAGGUGAGCAUGCUGGACUAUUUGCCCAGCGUGGUGGCGUGCUGCGCGAUCUACGUGGCGCGCAAGAACAUGGGCCGAACGUGCUGGAGCCCUACCCUCGAGAAGUACACCAAGUACCGGGUGGAGGACCUCAUGCCGUGCCUUGGCGAGAUCUCCCGCGUGCUGAAGCAAGAAGGGGGCGACCUUGAGGCGGUGAAGAAGAAGUUUAGCAGCAGCAAGUUUGGCUCCGUGGCGACCAUGAAGGUCAACGUCCUCCCGGACGACUCGCCGUAG